CACCCUCCUCCCCACGGCCCAAAAUCACCGUCGCCACCCACCAGUUCACCCGCUAUCCACCCCAUCGCACAACCCCCGUCGCACAUAUCGCGCGAUGCCGGCCGCAUGGUCCCGCCGGAGGCCGCGACCGGCCUCCCGCGUCGCGUUCCUUCACGUCGCCCUCGCCCUUGCGGCCAUCCUCGGCCACCUGCCCCUCGGGCGGUGCCAGGAUUACGAUGACUACGCCGACGGGAGCAGCGGCGGCCAAGGCGCAUCCUCGUUGUUUGCCGGCGUCAUCUAUGACCGGCUUAUGAACCUCACCGGCACCUUCGCCAAGGACAUCGGCCAGCACCUGGAUUUCUGUGUCCAGAACACGGAUAAAGACUGGAAUGAGGCGUUCAACUUCUCGUCGGAUUUGAGUUUCUUGACGAAUUGCAUGAAGGAAACAAAUGGGGAUCUUUCUCGACGCAUGUGCACAGCUGCAGAAAUAAAGUUCUACUUCAGCAGUUUCUAUGAUAAUGGUGGACAAAAGAAUUAUUUAAGACCUAAUAAGAAUUGCAACUUGACAUCAUGGGUGUCUGGAUGUGAGCCAGGCUGGUCUUGCAGUGUUUCUGAAAAUGAGAAAGUUAAUCUGAAAGAUUCCAAGGUUGUUCCUAUCAGAGAUGUCAAUUGCCGCCCUUGUUGUGAGGGUUUCUUUUGUCCUCAUGGUAUCACUUGCAUGAUCCCUUGCCCAUUAGGUGCAUAUUGUCCACUUGGAAAACUGAACAAAACUACUGGUGUCUGUGAUCCGUAUAAUUACCAGCUGCCCCCUGGACAGCCUAACCAUACCUGUGGGAGUGCUGAUAUGUGGGCAGAUGUUGGAACUAGCAGUGAAAUCUUCUGCCCAGCAGGAUACUACUGUCCAAGCACUAUACAGAAAAUUUCUUGUAGUAGUGGAUAUUACUGCAGGAAGGGCUCUACUUCUCAAAUGAGGUGCUUUCAGAAAAGCUCUUGCCCACCAAAUUCUUCAAAUCAAGAUAUUACUAUAUUUGGAGCCUUACUGAUGGUUGCAUUAAGUCUACUGCUGUUAAUUAUAUAUAACUUCUCUGGCCAAAUUCUCACCAGUCGAGAAAGAAAACAAGCAAAAUCUAGGGAAGCUGCAGCAAGACAUGCAAGAGAAACUGCCCAAGCUCGUGAAAGGUGGAAAACAGCCAAAGAUGUUGCAAAGAAACAUGCAGUUGGCCUUCAGACACAGUUAUCUCGUACAUUCUCUCGUAAAAAGUCUUCUCGGCCACCAGAGCCUCCAAAGAAAAAGGAACCUAGUAACCUUACUAAGAUGAUGCAAUCACUAGAGGAGAAUCCUGAUACUUAUGAAGGCUUCAAUGUUGAAAUAGGAGACAAGAAUUUGAAGAAGAAUAUACCUAAAGGCAAACAAAUGCAUACUCGCAGUCAAAUCUUCAAGUAUGCAUACGGCCAGAUAGAGAAGGAAAAAGCCAUGCAACAGCAAAACAAGAACUUAACAUUUUCCGGAGUGAUAUCCAUGGCCACUGAUACUGAGAUUAGAACUAGGCCUAUGAUCGAGGUUGCUUUCAAGGACCUCACCUUGACUCUGAAAGGGAGUAAAAAGAAACUACUGAGAUCUAUAACAGGAAAACUUAUGCCUGGUCGUGUGGCUGCAGUGAUGGGUCCAUCUGGGGCGGGGAAGACUACGUUUCUGAGUGCCCUGGCUGGGAAGGCCACUGGCUGUGCUGUAUCGGGUCACGUACUUAUAAAUGGGAAAGCAGAACCCAUACGCGCAUAUAAAAAGAUCAUUGGUUUUGUGCCUCAGGAUGAUAUUGUUCAUGGAAAUUUAACGGUGGAGGAGAAUAUUUGGUUCAGUGCUAGGUGCAGACUUUCUGCAGAGAUGUCGAAAGCUGAUAAAGUUUUAGUUGUAGAAAGAGUUAUCGAAUCUUUAGGCCUGCAGGCAGUAAGGGAAUCACUGGUCGGAACUGUAGAGAAACGUGGUAUCUCUGGUGGACAAAGGAAAAGGGUGAAUGUAGGUCUGGAAAUGGUCAUAGAACCAUCUCUUUUGAUAUUGGAUGAACCAACAUCUGGUUUGGACAGUUCUUCAUCUCAACUGUUACUUCGAGCUCUUUGCAGAGAGGCCCUUGAAGGGGUAAACAUCUGCAUGGUUGUUCACCAACCCAGCUAUACAUUGUUCAAGAUGUUUGAUGAUUUGAUACUUCUAGCAAAAGGAGGUCUGACAGUAUAUCAUGGAUCAGUGAAAAAGGUUGAAGAAUACUUUUCAGGUUUAGGGAUCAAUGUCCCUGAACGUGUGAAUCCUCCAGAUUACUUCAUUGAUAUUUUAGAAGGUAUAGUAAAGCCAAGCACAAGUGCAGGUGUAAAUUAUAAAGAGUUGCCCCUGCGAUGGAUGCUUCACAAUGGGUAUGAAGUGCCCCGUGAUAUGCUACAGAAUGCUGGUGACCUUGAUGCAUCGGUAAGGGGAACCGGAGGAAAUCCUGCUGGCACUGCAUCUGAGACACAAUCAAUCGCUGGAGAAGUAUGGGAUAAUGUCAGGGAUAUUGUUGGACAAAGGCGAGAUGAGUACGAUUACAAUUUCUCUAAAUCCAUGGAUUUGUCUAACCGCAGAACUCCUGGUGUUCUCCGGCAAUACAAGUAUUUUCUAGGAAGGGUUGGCAAGCAGCGUCUUCGGGAAGCUAGAAUACAAGGAGUCGAUUUUCUUAUCCUAUGUCUUGCUGGUGUGUGCUUGGGAACACUUGCAAAAGUGAGCGAUGAGACAUUUGGUGCACUGGGUUACACGUACACUGUCAUUGCAGUUUCUCUCUUGUGCAAGAUUGGAGCAUUGAGAUCGUUCUCACUUGAAAGGUUGCAUUAUUGGAGAGAAAGAGCAUCUGGCAUGAGUUCACUGGCUUAUUUUCUGUCAAGAGAUACAAUCGAUCAUUUCACUACAAUAAUCAAACCAAUUGUUUAUCUUUCUAUGUUCUACUUCUUCAACAAUCCAAGGUCAUCAAUUCUAGACAACUACAUCAUCUUAGUGGCACUUGUUUAUUGUGUGACUGGAAUUGGGUAUGCUUUUGCAAUCUUCUUUCAGCCAGGUUCAGCACAACUGUGGUCUGUGCUACUACCUGUUGUCUUAACUCUCCUGGCAACUCAACAGAAAACUUCAAAAUUCCUGGCAAAUUUAUGCUACACAAAGUGGGCCCUGGAAGCAUUUGUUAUUGCAAAUGCUGAAAGGUAUUCUGGAGUAUGGUUGGUAACUCGAUGCGGUUCACUUAUCAAAAAUGGAUACAAUAUUGGUGACUGGGGUUUGUGUAUAAUUGUUCUAGCUGUUUAUGGCAUAGUUUUCCGCUGCAUUGCCUUCUUCUGUAUGGUGACUUUCCAAAAGCAUUGAGUCAUACAAAUCUUUCACUAGUUUUGUUCAUAUGAGCCACAAUCAAUUUUGAU